GCGCUGACGCCGCGGCCGCCCCGCCCGGGCCAGCCGGGUAGCGGCGGGCCGGGGGCGCCGUUAGGUGCUGGGCUCCCCCGCCGCGCCGCCCGCGCCGCCGGGCCAUGCGGUAGCGGCUGCGGCGGGCCGGGCUCUCGGCGGCCAUGGAGCGGCUCCCCGGCGGCCGCCGGCCCCGACUGGUGUCCUCGCUGGGGCUGGGGCGGCGCUCCUGGGAGGUCACCUUAGACGAGGAGCGGGGGCGGCUGGCCUGGCGCGACCCCCGCCCGCCGCGCCGCGCCGGCGAAAACUGUUUUGUACCAAUCUCUGAGAUCAUUUCUGUAGAAGAAACUGAACUUAACAAGAAACAGCGUAACAUUGGCAAAUGGCAAAAGAUGACAAAGCUACAUGCUUUCACAGUGUACUAUGUGAAGAAAGCCCGAAAUCACCGCUGGCGGUGCAGUGAUGUGACUUUUUGGUGUGUUGAUGAGCACUUAUGUAAUCAGUGGAUACAGGCGCUGAAAGAAUUACUUGAAAUGCAGAAGUCUAGACCAAAGCAGUUGCUUGUGUAUAUUAAUCCCUAUGGAGGAAAAAGACAAGGGAAAAGGAUUUAUGAACAGAAAGUUGCUCCACUCUUCAGUCUGGCUUCUAUAUCCACUGAUGUUGUUAUAACUGAACAUGCUAACCAUGCUAAGGACAAUUUAUUUGAAGUUAAUAUUUAUAAAUAUGAUGGUGUUGUUUGUGUUGGUGGGGACGGCAUGUUCAGUGAAGUGAUGCAUGGUCUCGUUGGAAGAAUUCAGAAGGACUCUGGCAUAGACCAAAAUAAUCCCAAAGCAUCGUUAGUCCAGUGCAAUAUAAGGAUUGGCAUAAUUCCUGCUGGUAUUUUGCAUCAAGACUGUAAAGGAUCAACAGAUUGCAUAUGCUAUUCAACUGUUGGCAUUUCUGAUCCAGUAACAUCAGCUCUUCAUAUUAUUGUCGGUGACUGUCAACCUCUGGAUGUCUCUUCUGUACAUCACAACAACAUGUUUUUGAAAUACUCUGUAUCCUUGCUGGGUUAUGGUUUUUAUGGAGAUAUAUUAAAAGAUAGUGAAAAGAAGCGGUGGAUGGGUCCGAUGAGAUACGACUACUCAGGCUUCAAGACUUUUCUUUCUCAUCAUUAUUAUGAAGGAACAAUUGCUUAUCAACCAGCAAAACAUACACUGGGAUCUCCACGAGAUAAAGAUAGUUGCAGAACAGGAUGUUACAUUUGCAAGAAAAGUGAACAACAGCUGGCAGAACAGCACAAGGAUUGUGGAUUAAAACAUGAAGAAGGUGAAGAAGAGUGGAAGGUUAUUAAAGGGAAAUUUCUAGCCAUCAAUGCAGUAAAUAUGAGCUGUGCCUGUCCACGAAGUCCAAAAGGUCUUUCACCAGCAGCUCAUUUGGCAGACGGUUCAGCAGAUCUCAUUCUAGUUCGUAAAUGCUCCAGAUUUGAUUUUCUACGGUAUCUUGUCAGACAUACAAACCAAGAUGAUCAGUUUGACUUCCCAUUUGUAGAUGUUUAUCGGGUGAAGAGUUUUCAAUUUACAUCAAAGCUUUCAGAAGACAAUGAAAGCAAUGUCAUGGACAUAGGAAAGAAACGUUUUGGUCAGUUCUGCAGAGAUCAUCCAGCCUGUUGCUGUAAUAUUGUUAAUAGCACCUGGAAUUGUGAUGGAGAAACUCUGGAUAGCUCAGCAAUUGAAGUGAGGGUUCACUGCCAGUUAAUGAAACUAUUUGCAAGAGGAAUCGAGGAAAACUGUAAAGAUGAAGCCGCCUACAGUCAGAAUAGUGCUGAACAAUUACUAUAGACAUUGUUCCUCCAGUGGGGAGAAGAAAAAAUAAAAACUCAAGGAAAUUGAGUAAAUAUGCAUUUUAGUCAAAUUGACAAGUAUUUUAAACUUCUAGAUUUUUUUUUUAUGGCUUCAGUAUAAUUUUAGACGUCUUACUGCAUUGUGUCAUUUUUUUAAAAACCAUUGUAAUCAUUAAAAUAUAUCUUGGAGCAAGUUAAUCUAAGUUAUGUUAGAAAAGAGAGGAUUAGCCUAUAUCUAUGUAUUCAUGAUGACUGAUAAAUUCUCUGUGCUUUUCUAGAGAGCUAAUUUAGCAAUUGUGUUGCAAUAAUAUCUAAGUGUUAUAAAACAUUGGACUUUCCAUUGGCAUCACGACAAGAUAUUUUCAGUGUUUGAGAAGAUGUUUUCUGCUGGGAGUGAUAUAUCGUUGCAUGUGGCUUAAAUGCUGGACAACAGUGUUGUCACUUGUAUCCUGUUUUUUUUAUUAAUAUCCUUCAUUCUGUAAUUCUGACAAUACCUUGCAACUUAUCAAUGCAAUUCAAACACACAUUCCUGGCUUUAAGUAAUAACAGUAAAAGUGUGCAAAUACUUUGAAAAAUAAAAGCACAACUGCAUACAGGUCACACCUCAUCCUAUAUAUUCUCUUUAUGAAGGCUUCCUUGCAUCAUGCUUUUUGGGAUUAUAAAGGGUUUUAUGACUGUUUGGAUGAUACCAAAUACCACACAGUGAUCUUGCAAGCAACUUGCAGUAAUACUUAUAUAAUAUCAGGAAGGCACAGGCAAAGGAAAACAUAAAUAACUUCUCAAACACCAGCAAGUUUUAUUUUUUUUAAAAUAUCUAACAUUAACAUAUGAAAAGCUUCCCACUUCAAUACACAAUUCUUUGGACAUUCUACUACAUAUGUUAAAAUGUCUUUGCAAAAUAAGGUGUUGAAAUGUAAAGUCUAGAAAUAUGAUUUGAUGAUGGAAAGUCUUUGAAAUAGUGUUUAUUUAACUAAAUAUGAAACAAAAUAAUUUGUUUUGUGAAGUCAAGGGAAGAAACUGGCAUCUGAUAAAUAACCAAUUCACUGUGCUAAUUUGUUUUUAUUACAAAAAACAUUAGACUGUCAUAUAGAGCUAUGGAGUGAUUAUUUAAAUUGUGUAUGGUUUUGUGUAUUGUGGCACAUACAUGUUUUGUGUUUAAGCUUGGGGCUAAAUUUUGCUCGUCUUAUACAGGCUUAUUCCUGUUUGAGGAUCAGAGGUUAGCCCCUGUUCUCUUCUUUUUUUUUUUUUAAGUGUUCUUUAAAGUUCUCUUUAAAACUUACUACAUCUGUGGUUUUUUUGAACAGCUAAUGAUUCUGUAUUCAUAUAUAUUUAUUGGUACUUCUGUCAUCCAGUUUGUAUUAGUUUCAUGUUUCUCAUAUAUUUGGUCUGUGUAAGCCAUAGUGAUUGGUCAUUUUAUUACCGAAGCACUUGAAAACUGUUAUAAAUGGCAGGCUAUUUUUUUCUAUUGAAGUUAUUUACAUUCCAGUUUUGUGUAAUAUCAAAAUCGUGUGCUAUAUCUUUGCUACAAGUAUUAUUCAUACUGCUCUAUAUGACAAAAAGCAUUUGCAAAUUAUAUUUGCCUCAAGUACAAUCAUACAAAGUUUAGGAUCUGUUUUUUGUUAUAUAGUAUUUCAGGGAAAUACUUGAAUACUUUCCAAAACUAUUGCUCUUUACUUUCCAUAUUAAUGCAAUGAGUUGAAAUGCUGAUUCAUCCAAUGUUUUUCAGACAUUUAACACAGGUGUUAUGUAUACUGUAUUUUUAAAGCCAUGUUUAAUAAAUGAAAUAGUACUUUUAAACUAAGAACCCCAUUGAAAAUGAAAUCAUGCCAUUCUACAAAUGUAAAUAUUUUUUAAGGUGUUAUUUGUUAAAAAAUUUCUACAGUUAUUGUGGUUUAUCCAUGAAUAUUAUGAGAGAACUCAGACUUCAAGUUACAGUAAUUCUUGUGCAGGAUAUGAUGGUGCACGCUCAGGUUACCAACAGUGAGGAUGUUUAUGAGGCAUUGCAGCUUUCCCAGGGCACAUUCUCAUAUCUGAGAACAGGAGUCAAUACAAACCAGCCCUUUCCAUUAGUUUACUAGCAAAUCAUGAGACCCUUACUUGAAAAAUGGAGAUUUAAUCUUAUAGUGAAUGUAUACUGAAAUGCUUUGAAUAUUUUAAUAUCUGAAACUGAGUGCUUCAUGCUUCCAAAGAAUACCAUACUGAAGAUCCCCUUUCUGAGAAAAAGCCACCAGAAAACAAGGAGAAAAUAUCAUUCUGUAGUAUGGUAAAGAAGUGUGAAAUAAAUAAUAAAGGUAUUGCGACAUAAUCAAAUUUAAAAGUCUUAGGUAAUAGAAAAGCUGCAUAGUUGCAUUUGAAUGAUUCUAUUUGUAGCAUAUUAAACUAGCAAAGCACCAUAUGUGAGUUGUAUGACAUGUCCAGUUUAUUUUUAAGAAAAGAGCUGUGUAAGUAAUGUCUGCUUACAUUUUAAUUCUAGGGUGUUUUUUUUCUCUGAAUGUAGUCUCUGUAUGGAAAUUAUGUAUAGGAAAACCAACUUUGAUUUUUCUUUUUUCCCAAUCUUGCUGGCUUCAAGAUUAGAAAAUGUGUUGUUUUAUGAUGCUAGGGCAUUUCAUUGAAAAAAUAAAACAGCAUUGUACAAUAA